GUGAUCAGUUCAUCACCACCAAACCCAAUAUACCAAAACUCCAAAAGUCUUCCGUAUAGUCUCUCUCUCUCUCUCUCCAUCGUCUCUGUUUAGUGAUUCAUUACCAGAAAAUCCCAGGAAAAAAAUGGAGGGUCUUAUCCCUUUGGUAUAUCGAAGAUUGAAGAAGGCCAAAACUCGUCGACAAUACGAGUGUCUUUCCUCCGGCGCAGCUAAAAGCUACGACAUUAGUGAGUUUUACGUUCAGAGUCCGAGUCAGUAUAUGAAACCCAAUAAUACAUCCAUGGCUGAGAAGAAUAUCGGUGGUCAAGGUCACCGCCGGCGUAUGUCAACGGGAGAUAUCUCCGGGAUGGAUGGAAUGGAAACCGGCGAAUCUACAACUCCGGCGGUGGCAAAACUCACGAGGUUUAGGAGCCACAGGAUGUUUUCAUGCGUAACCGGUUGCUAGGUACUAUCCAUGUCUCUUUCUUACAUCAUAAAACAUUAUGUAUUGUUUUUAAUUGGCAAUCAAAAUGUUCAUUAGAGGCACUGUAUAUACUCUUUUCUCUGCUAAUUAUAUAUUUUUCCUUGUAAUAAGUAGAAAAUGGUUGCUUUCAAAUCUGAGAAUUAUUAAUGCUUUUGCAUGAUUAAUGAAUUGAUUGUUUACAACUUUAAAA